AGUGAGCCCAGCACAACAAGCGCCCCCCAUUCGCCAAAUCCAUUCCCCAUGCAUCCACGCCCGUCCAUCAUCCUGCUGGGGGCCGCCCGUGGCCCCCAGAUUAUCCCGUCUCUCCGCACAUCCACCUGGCUGGCCCCCACAUCCAGAGUCACAGUCUCAUCCAUCGCCGCCACGGGCGUGGACGGUCCGGAUGAGGAAUCCAUGUGGCAUCGACGGUCGUCAGCGACUGACCGUUCUGGUGACACGAGCUUAUCAUGAUCGUUCUGGUGACAUGCCCAGUCCCACUCAGCGUUCAAGUUAUCCACUCCUCGGGCUACCGUACCUCCUCGGCCUGUCACUCUGGCCUAGGCCUUCCAUAUGUCCUCUCAUGCAUCAGAGUCGAGUGGUCCCCUCGUUCCAUCCAGACGGGCUUUCAUUUCAUCUCCACUCAUCUCGCCUUUGUCUCGCCUUACUCUCGCAUUCUGCCGCCACGGGUGGCGAUACCGCGCGUUCGACGAUGGUAUUUUCCACUCCAAGCUCCCUCAAGCUCGCAAUUCUUUGACAUUGGCUCCAAGCUCGCGUGUAUCCUCCUUUCCGCUGAUUCGGAAUCCGGCUUCGUGGUGCUGUAUCGCUUUCCGCGCGCCGACUGGCAUCCAUGGCUGGUCUGAAGUACGACCCUGACUUCUGGAACGUGGUGCAGCAGAGACUGCAGCCCAGCCCACAAGAAGUGCCGCCGCCAGUUCAUGCCCCAGGUGAAUCCAGCUUCACCCAUGCAUCUCCCGAGGGCCGUGAUCGUGAUUCUAGUGAAGCCGAUGGAAGCUGGGGGGUGACAAAGGCGAAGGAGCCUGAAGUGGAGUGGCUGGAUCCUUCUCUGAUCCGAUACAGCCAGUCGACCAUAUGCGAGGCCUUCUCACGCCCACCGGCAAAGGCAGCGACGGACACAGCUCCAGAACAGAGGAGCUAUGCUCGUAUUGCAGCAGCCGCACCGAGGAGCAGCAAGUACACCAUCUUCGAUGCCGUGCGCGAUCUGAAUGAGGGCAAGAGCAAGGUGGAGGACUUCCCCCCGAUCCGAGUGGUGGAGCACGAGGGGCUGCUCUUCUCCCUGGACAACCGCAGGCUCUACGUGUUCAAACUGUUCGGGAUCCGGGGGUUGCGCGUGCGUGCACGCCGUGUGCCUGCUGACAAGGAGCUGUUUCAGAAGCUCACGUGCUCGGGGGUGGGGGAUGAGAGAGGGAGGACGGUGAUAGUGCUGUCUGAGGAGGAGGCGAGGAAGGUGGGGCGGGUGCGGCAGCUGGAGCAGCACGUGCUCAAGUGGAGCGUGGAGGACAUCAUGAACGACUACCUGAUUGCCAGGAAGGUGCGCCCCAUCCCCGACACCUUCCCUGACAUCCGCUCCUACCUCUCUGUCUUCCGCUGGCCGCUGGUGGAGGAGUGCCGUGCGAGCUUGAAGUCGAGCUUGGGUAAGCUCUCAGCAUCGUCACCCUUGAAGAUUGACAUCCGUAAGCUGGAGAGGCUGGAUGGGUAUGUGGCAGGCGCGGACGAUGAUGAUGAGGAGGAGGAAGAGGAGAGUGAGGAGGGUGUUGGGUUUUACAUGGGCCAGGAUGAUCCCUUUGGCAGUGAUUGGUAUGGCGAGGGUGACGGAUACGGAGGGUCGUUUGGGGAAGCAAGGAGGGUGAAGAAGCAGCAGCCGAAGGUGCACUCGGACACAGGGCGGUUCUGUGCGGUGGUGUUUGAGGUUGACCGGGAGAGCCUGGCUCGGGACAGGGCAGCAGGGAGAGCCGGAGGCAGCCUUUCUGGAGAGGUGAAGCUGAAGCCGACUGAUGUGGUGCUUCUGUCCACUGUUGCUCCUACCCAGCCUGACGACCUGCUGCGCUCAGGCGUGCUGUAUCUGCUGGGCGUCCUUCUUCCGGACCGAAACGUAGCACAGGGGGGCGGGGACGGGAGUUCUUACUUCAAGGCUAAGAUAUUCGGUCCCAAGGAGUCGCCUGAGUUUAAAGGACUGGAGGACGCGCUGAGGGGGAAGAGGGGCGAUGAGGAGGAGGGGAUCACUUGGUAUGCAACUCAGGUGGAUAGCUUUGCCACGCCCCAGCGCAUCUGGGAUGCGCUGCACGCGCCGCUGGGGCAGGAGGAGUGGGACGAGAUGGGGGAAACGAAGGGAGUGACGAUGAUGAAGCGGAUGCUGGAGGAGGUGCUGUGCUCGGAUGAGAGGGGGGGAGACGGCAGGAGGGGUGGAGCGAGGCGUGGCAGAGAAGACAGAGAGCAGCGACUGAGUACGUUUCGACCAGCCAUCUCCAUUGCGCCCGAGGCGGUUCCAGAGCUCCUGCAAGCCGUGGGUGACUACUGCCAUGCGCGUCGUCUCAACCACCCCCAGCAGACAGCUGUUCUCGCCUGCAUCAGGGGCUUCCUCUCUGCUGCUGCUGCCGCCUCUUCCACCAACGCUGCUGCCUAUUCUAACUCCCCCUCCCCGUUCUUCUCCUCGCCCUUCUCCUCCUCCUCCUCCUCCUCGCAAUUCUCGUCCUUCUCCUCGUCCAUCGACUCCUCCAUGCCUCGCCGUCUGCUGCAGCUGGUGCAGGGGCCGCCGGGCACAGGCAAGACGCACACAGUCUCUGUGCUUCUCUCCGUGGUGCUCUCGCUUGGCGUGCGCACGCUCGUCUGCGCCCCUACCAACGUGGCCACGGCUGAAGUGGGCAGGCGAAUGCUUCGCAUGGCUCUCUCAUGUGAUGAGUCCUUACAGUUUGCAGGGUAUUGCCAAGUCCAGCAGCAGCAGCAGCAAUACGGCUGGCAGGGUAAGGAAGAGGGAUCAGUGGCAUUUAUAGGAGGUGGGAAGCUGAGGGUUGGGGACAUAGCCCUUGUGGCGAAUGAGGAUCGGCUGGAGGUAGAUCCGGAGCUGGGGAUGAUUCUGGUGGGGAGCGAGAGGAAGGGGACAAGCGGGAGUGGGCAGAAGGUCACAUACAGUGGGCGAGCGGGGAGGCUUGUUGCGGCGCUCUCGCUUUUGACUGGCUGGCGAGCCUCUUUCCCCAAACUGGUCGCUUUCUUGGAGAGCUCCUGGGAGGAUUUAAACUGCGAGUUCCAAGCAAAUAGCAAGAAGGAGGAGGAGGAGAAGGCAAGGGAGGAGGAAGAGUCUCCGAGUGCGCGUUACCAAGGCCAUGGUAGGCGCGAUGAUCAGAGGGUGGGAGCCGUGAAGGAGGCUGCUCCCAGCGUUGUGAGUUAUUUCCAGAACCGCGUGGUGCUCCUCUCUCUGGAUGCUAUGGAGGGAGCGGUGAAUCUCGCAGAGGACCUUCCGUCUGCUCUUCUGCCUGAGAGGGAGCGGCUGCUGCUCCUCCAGGCGUUUGAUCUCAUGGCAGCGCUGCUGCAGCUGGUGAAGUGCUCUGGACUGUCUCCUGCUGUUGUCAAGGCGUGGUUAGAUGGCACGGGAGGGGUUGCGGGAGGGGAAGGGAGCGUGGAAGCAGUGGUUGAGGAGGCCAGUGCCCUGCUUGGUUUUGGCAGGAAUGCUGGGGGGGGGCUGGACAGUGAUUCUGCUGGGAGCAGUAGCACGAGCAGCAGCGGUGGCGGCGCCACCACCACCACCACCACCAGAAUGAAGAUGGUUCGGGCUGCAUGCAGCUCGAACGGAAGCAGAAGCCGCACCACCAGCACCACCAUCGCACCGACACAAGCUCGGACCCUUUUCCCCUCCAUCCGCAACUGCCUUCGCCUCAUCUCCUACGCCAGCCCAGCUUACAGCAUCAAAAAUCUCAGCGGCGCCCCUACUUUCGCCUCCGUGGCUGCAGUGUGCAUAGAAAACGCCAAACUCGUGCUUUCCACCGUCUCGUCCUCUGCUCGUGCUCUGCUGCGGUACUCCCCUCCCUUCCCCCUGCUGCUGCUGGACGAAGCAGCCCAACUGGUGGAGGCAGAGAGUCUGGUGGCUCUAGAGGCCAAGGGGCUGCGCUACGCUGUGCUCGUGGGUGACCCCAAGCAGCUGCCAGCCACUGUUCUGAGCAAGGUGGCGGCAGAGAGCAAGUACAACCGCAGCCUGUUUGAGCGGCUGCAGGGCAAGGGGUGGGAGGUGCAGAUGCUGAGUGUGCAGUACCGCAUGCACCCCGACAUCAGCCGCUUCCCCUCGCACUGCUUCUACCAGGGGCGCAUCGAGGAUGGGGCCAACGUGUGCCACCCCUCGCACUGCCCGCCGCACCUGGAGGCUCUCUUUGGCCCGUAUGUGUUCAUGCACGUCAAAGGCAAGGAGGAGAGGGAGGUGGUAUCAGUGGAGGGUGGCUCUCGCAGUAUCGCGAAUUCGGUGGAAGCUGUGGUGGUGCUGGCGCUGCUCAAACGACUCUCGGAUGCGUGCAAGGGUGCACCAGGAGCGAGCGCGGGGGCAUUGCUCAAAGUGGGCCUUAUCUCGCCGUAUGCCUUGCAAGUGGAGUAUCUAAAGCGAGCUAUGGAGUACCAGGCGUGGCCGCACCUGGUGGUGGAGGUGAAGAGCGUGGAUGGCUUUCAGGGCAGGGAGUGCGACGUGAUCAUCGUCAGCACUGUGCGCUCCAACAGCCACGGCAGCAUCGGAUUCGUCUCUGACGCCCGGCGCCUCAAUGUGGCAAUAACUCGGGCGCGGUGCUGCAUGUGGGUGGUGGGCGACAGGGAGACGCUGCAGCGGGGGGACAGCACGUGGGAGCGGCUGCUGGUGGACGCGGAGCAGCGCGGGUGCGUGGUGGAGGCGCAGAGGGACGUCAAGCUGCGCAGGGCCAUCGAGAGGCGCCAGAUGGAGCUCGGGGAGGUGCAGCAGCUGCUGCUGCCCAAUUCGGGCCUCUGGGACUCGCUGCUCUGGGAGGCAACCUUCAGCCUGGAGUUUCAGCGCAGCAUGCGGGAGCUGCGGUCGCUCGAGGUGAUCAACGCGGUGCGGCGGCUGAUGGGUGGGCACCGGCCGCCGCGCAGCAGCAAGCCGCGGCACACCCUCAAGGACCCGCGGUACUUCGACAUCAUCCACGUGCAGGCCGUGGGCAAGCACCAGCUCGUCUGGACCGUGGACGUCUCCCGCACCUCGUUCAAACAGAUAAUCCGGGUGUGGGAUGUGGUGGAGGAGCAGCACGUGCUGAAGUGGCUGCGCCGCCUCGAGGGGGGACUGGGAACGUACUCAGACGAGGCCUUGGACCGCUGCGCCAGGUGUGACGACCGCCUCGCUCGCAGGGUGCAGCCGCUGCAGUUCCCCAAGGAUCCGAGCUUCACCUGGCACAAGGCGAAGCCCUCGCGAGUCAUAUCUGCAGCUGCCGGUGCAGCAGAGAGCGCACUGGAGCGGGCGCCAGUGGACGAGAGUGUGCUUCUAAUGAAGUUCUACCAGCUCUCCCUGGGCUCAGCCCGCCAGCUGGUGACAGCAGCACAGGGCGAGCUACCGUUCGAGGUGAACGAGCAGGAGGCGCUCAUAGUGCACUACCCUGGGAGCCUCUUUGUGCUCGGACGGUCCGGCACAGGCAAGACAACCAUCAUCACGCAUCGCCUGCUGCGCUUGGAGCGGCUGUACUUGCAUGCCAUGGGGGAGCGCGGAGCAUUGGCUCCUAGUGUUGGGCUUGGGGGGAGCGGAAGAGGAGGGGAGGUGGGAGGUGCAGGUGGGGAUGGAGUGGGAGGAAGGAAGAAGGGGGUGGGUGAUGGGAAGGGGAGUGGAGAGGCGGAGGGGGCGGGUGUGGGGACGCUGCGGCAGGUGAUUGUGACGCUGAGUCCGCGGCUGUGUGCGGCGAUUCGACACCAUGUGACCAAAGUGAGACGGACCAUGCUGGAAGCAGACGCCAUCCUCCCUGCCAGCAAUGCAGCACCCAAGCCAGGCCAGGGGGGGCAGCAGCAGCAACAGGAGGAGGAGGAGGCAGGGGAGGCGGACGAGCUACUACUGUCAGAGGAGGCAGAGGAGAAGCUUAUGGGAGACCUGCCAGAGUCUCUGGAUGAAGUGCAACCUGGUGCUUUUCCUCUCGUGGUCACGUUCAAGAAGCUGCUCAGCAUGGUCAAUGCUACUCUUGCUCGCCCGUUUCAUCAGGAUGGCUUAAAGGCGGGUGGGUGGCAUGGGAGGGGGAGUGCGGCUGGUGGGUGGAAGAGUGGGGGUUAUACCGGUGGGAUGGCUGGGGGGAGGGAUGGCGAUGGCAGUGACGACGAGGGGCGUGACUACGAUGGGAGUGAUUAUGAGUCUUGUGAGGAUGGUGAAGAUGAUGAAGACAAUGGGGAGGGGGAAGAGGAGGAGGAGGAUGGAGUGGGAGGGUACGCAUUUGGAAGGGAGUACCGCCAGUCACACUGGCACAGGGACAGCACACAAGGCACCAGUGGAGCCAGCAGCAGGAACACUGGCCACGGCACUGCCAGCGGCAGCGGUGCUGGUGGUAGCAGUAGCGGCGCUGGCGUCCUGUGUCUCCCUGAUGAGGUGGACUACGAUCGCUUCGAGUCUCUCUACUGGCCGCAUUUCAACACGUCAGUCACUCGACGCCUGGACGCCUCCCUUGUGUACAAGGAGUUCUUCUCCCACAUCAAGGGCUCCCUGCUUGCUCUGAGGUCGCCACGUGGCAGGCUCUCUCAAGAGGACUAUGUUGCUCUGGCGCAGUCCCGGGCUUCGAGCUUCGAUGAGGCGCAGAGGGAGGUGAUCUACGGGCUGUACGUGCAGUAUGAGCGGCUGAAGCGGCAGAAGGGGGACUACGACCUCUGUGACUAUGUGUACCAUGUGUAUAAGGAGCUGGAGAAAGGGGCGACAAGGAUCUGCACCCCUGCUGCUCUUGCUGCUGCUUCUGCUGCUGCUGCUACUGCUGCAACUAGCAGGUCUUCGUCUCGUGCUGCUAAGUCCCUUGCCGCUUGUGGCGAUGACAAGGUGCUUGCCGGCCCGCCUUUCCAGUACGUGUACGUGGACGAGGUGCAGGACUUGACUCAGGCGCAGAUCGCUAUAAUGCGCUUUCUCUGCGCGAACACAGCUGGUGGGUUUGUCUUUGCGGGGGACACGGCACAGACAAUUGCGAGGGGGGUGGACUUCCGGUUUCAGGACAUCCGCAGGCUGUUCUAUGAGCUGUUUCUGGGGAAGAAGGAGAAGCAAGGGAGGUGGGCAGGAGCAGCAGCAGCUCGAGGCAGGCAGAAGCUGACUGGCAAAGGGAGGAGGAUGCUGGAGGAAAUCGGGAGUGGGGCAGCAGAAUCGGCAUCAGCGGUCAGUGCAGCGCACAGCUCAGUCAAGGUCAAGAACAGAGAAGAGCAGAUGGGAAGAGGCAUGGGAGCAAAAACAUCAGCACAGGAGCGGGCAUCGUGUGCCGAGAUGCCAGAUCUGUUCUUCCUCUCUCAGAAUUUCCGUGCGCAUAAUGGCAUAGUGCGCCUAGCCGACAGUGUGGUGCAGGUGCUGCUGCACUUCUUCCCCCAUGCAGUCGACCGGCUGGCUCCGGAGUUCAGUCUGAUCGAUGGCGAGGCGCCGGUGUUUCUGGAUGCUAACGCCAACGAUGAUGUGGUGACGCAACUGUUUGGGAAGAAGGGGGCCAUUGGAGGCGGCGGGUGCGAGUUUGGAGCGGAACAGGUCAUCUUGGUGCGAGAUGCAGAGAGCCGCACGGAGCUCGUCAAGCGGAUCGGAUCCAAGGGACUAGUGCUCAGCGUGCACGAGUGCAAGGGGCUGGAGUUCCAGGACGCCCUGGUCUACAACUUCUUCUCGGGCUCGCCCCUAGCCUCCAGCUGGCGUCUGCUGCACCAUUACAUGCGAGAGCAUACCCUCAUUCCCUCGGCAGAGGAGGGCUCUAGCCGCUGGCAGUGCCCUGCGUUCGACCCCAAGAGGCACAAUCUGCUGUGCAGCGAGCUGAAGCAGCUCUACGUGGUGCUGACACGAGCGCGGCAGCGGCUGUGGAUUUACGAGGAGGACGAGGGGGCGAGGCGGCCGGCUAUGGACCUGUGGGGGGCCAUGGGGGUAGUGGCGGUGAAACCACUCUCUGACGACCUCCUUACUUCCAUGCACACUGAGUCGUCGCCUGAGGGCUGGCAUAAAAGGGGCACUGAGCUGUUCAACGCAGGCCAAUUCGAAGCAGCGGUGCUCAGUUUUGAGCGCGCAGGGGACGAACACAGUGCGGCCGUGGCAAGGGCGGCGCUGCUGCAGCAGACAGCCAGGAGGCUGCAGGGCACGGAUCCCAAGGAGGCAGGGAAGACGUUCCAGAAGGCCGCCCAGGCGUUCCUAAAUGUGGGGAAGCCGAGGGAUGCUGCCCGGUGCUUCACUAGCGCGGGCAAGAUGAAGCAUGCAGGUGACGUGUAUCGUGACAGGUGUCAGCCGCCAGUGUGGGUGAAAGCAGGGGAGUGCUACGAGCUGGCGUUGCUGCCAGAGCAGGCGGCCCUCUGCUUUGCACAAGCGUGGGAGGUGGAGAGAGCGCUCCACGUGUGUGCACAGCACCGGCUGUACACUCUCGGCGUGUCCCUUCUGCAGGCCUGGCAGGCGCAGGUGGGUGAGGGAAUGAGAGCCGCCAAAGCAGAGCAGCACCAGCAACAGCUGCAGAGGCUGCAGCAGCAGAAGCAGGAGGAGGAGGAGGAGGAGAAGUGGAGGCAGAGAGAGAGGCUAGUCACUCGGAAGAACGCCGAGUUUGUGCAGCAGGCUGCGAUGUAUUACUACAGGAAGAAGAACAAUGUGGAGAUGAUGAGGUUCGUCCACCAGUUCCCUUCACCCGCAAAGAAACGGCAGUUCCUGGAAAGGCGUGAUUUCUUCGACGAUCUGCUGCAGAUCGAGAUAGCUGAGGGGAAUUUCCAGCGGGCAGCUGAAAUGAUGCUGAAGAAGGGGGAUAUGGUUGGGGCAGCGAGAAUGUUUCUGGAGCAGAAGCGGUGGGGGCGGGCGUUUGAGUGUGCCAUGGGUGCGGCCCGUGUGGCCAGCAUGUGGGCUAAUGGGAACAAGGGAUGGCCGUUGAAUGCUCGGGAACGGAGGCAAGAGAAGCAAGAGAGGAAGGAGGAGACGGAGAAAGACGAGGCGAAGGUGGAGAGGGGAAAGGACGAGGGGAAGAAGGCGAAAGUGAAGACAGGAAAGGGCGAGGCUGUUCCUAGUGUUUGGGAAGGGAGGGCUGAGGUGGGUGGGAGUGAGAAGGAAGUGAAAAGCAUGCUAGACACUGCAGAGAGGAAGCAAGAGGAAGUGGAUGAGGCCAGGGAGGGGAGCAUGGAUGCCCUGGAGACAGCUGUUGCUGUGUGGGCGAGGGAGAGGAAGGCGAGAGAGGAGAGGAGGGGGAUGAAAGAUACGGGAGAGGGGAGUACGGUCGGAUCGAAGGUGCAAGAAUCGGACGGGGGGGAGGUAGCUGGGACGGAGGAGGGUGAGGUGGAUGAGAGGGAGGGGAUGGAGGCCGUUACCCUGUUGUGGCUGCGGGAUUUCUAUGUGCAGGGCGGUGCAAAAAGAGGCGGGAGAGAGGACGAGGUGGUGGGGAAAGAGAUGGGGAAAUGGUGGCAGUUGCUUACUCACUGCCAUGCGAACGAGCUCCUGGGUAUGGUGAGCGAGAUGGAGAAACGCACUCUGACAGGUGCAUCUGUGGUUGACUCAGGGGCAGAGAAUUUGGAGGUGGUAGCAGAGGAAAGGGAGGAGGUGGGGGAGACGGAGUUAGGUAGGAGGAGCAUUGCGGCUGAAGUGCUGGUGAGUUGGAAGGCUCUUCAGUCUAGUAUCCUACGAGCUAAGGCGUCUCUAUCUCAGCACCUCAAGACCUCCCUCUCUCGCUCUUCUGCCGCACCGGCUGCCCCGUUACUCCCGUCUCCCAUCAAGCCGGCUACCAACCUUCACUCUCGGCCCCCGCCUUCAUCGCCUGCUCCAGCCGCCUCUCUCCGACCCGCAUGGCAAAAGGCAGGUGACGGGUCCUCCCAGGGAACUCCGCAGCAAAUGCAGCGGCAGGAGCAGGAGGAGAAGCAGGAGCAGCAGGAGCAGGAGCUGCCGUUCGAGGCGGAUUUGAGGGAGGUGAAGCUGUGGUGGGGGCGGUGGAGUGAGAGGGUGGGAAGCAUGGUGGCAGCGCUGCAGCGACUGCAGAGACGCAGGGAGCUGCCCUCAGAUGCGCCCUGGCUAGAUGCCACCUUCCACCUGCUCUCCGCCUCCUCCCCGUCCUCCUCCUCCCACUCUGCCACCCACUCUCUCACCUCCUCCACUACGCAAUCUCUCCUUGUGGGCCUGUCGUCCGCUCAUUGGCUGAAUCCAGUGCGAGCAGCAGUAAAUCAUCUGCCUAAUCAAGGAACGAGAGGGGAGAUAGUGAGGGAGGCUGCAGCCAGGGCAGGUGCUAUCUACUGGGCGAGACAGGCCAGUGAGAUGGUGAAGGAGUGCGUGGACGUAAUGCAGCAGGCGUUAAGAACUCUGGAGAAAGGGGCGGUCAGCAGUAAGGCGCAGGUGGGGGGGAGGAGUGCAGGCGUGGUGGUUAGGACUGUGCCGCAGCAGGGGGGUAUGGGGAGGGAUCGAGCUUGGCAGGAGAAGGAGCAGGGUGAGGCGGAGGACAGGAUGCGAGCGAGGGAGCUGCAUCUUCAGCUGGAGUUAUGGGUGGAUGUGUAUGUCUUGCUGCAGUGUGCUGUGGACCUGUGUGGGGGAGGGAGGCAAGAGCAGAAAGAGCAGCAGGGAGGGGAAAAGGGCAAGGAGGUGCAAGGGGCAGGAGGGUCGGUAGAGGAGGGGGGGAUAACCCAGCUGGCAGGGGAGGUGGAGAGGUGGAAGGAGCAGCAGGAGAGGGCGGCGUUACAGCUGCUCACGUUGCUCUUCCCUGUGACCAGUCCUCUUCCUCGCUCCGUGGCGUUUGUGGUGGCGCGGUGGAGGGAGGACGAGCGAGCACGAACCAUGAUGCAGCAGUGGGCCUGCUCGUGCGUGCAGAAAUGCGUGGCGGAAGGCAGGAAGGAGGAGCAGCGGCAGUUGGAGGAGCAGCGGCAGUUGGAGGAGCAGCGGCAGUUGGAGGAGCAGCAACAGUUGGAGGAGCAGCAAGAGGAGCAUCAAGAGGAGAAGCAAGAGGAGCAUCAAGAGGAGCAGAAGCUGAGUGACUCUAGUAACGCACACAGGGCAGCAGGGCAGGAACUGGGACUCAUAGAACCGCUGGUCCCUCCUGGGCUGUUCGCCCAGCUGAUGCAGGUGCUGCCGUAUCUAGGGCCCUGGUGGAUGCGCAGGGAGUGCCAAGAUCUGGUGGCGAUGAUGCCCGCCAGCAGAGUGGAUGUGUGUGCCCGAAUGCUGCUGGCAGGCCAGUGGGAGCACGCUGCACAUUCGUUCACCCUCCAGCACCCGACGCUGCUCUCCGGAACUGUAGCCCUCAGCUACUGGGGCUUCUCACUCUACCACCUGUACAACUGGUGCUACUGGGAGGUGGACAACGGCUUUGUGUCCUUCCCCGUGUUCCUCAAUCUGGCUGAGAGGGCAGCUGUCCACAUGUGUGCUGCCAUCACCAAUCUCGAGAACCUCGUCAUCCCCUCCUCCCUGGCUUCCCUCCAUCUCGAAGGGCAGCACCAUUCCAGCCUCUGCACGCACAUGCUCCUGUGGCCCUUCAACCAGAACCCAAAUACUGUGGCUCAACUUCACGACACCAUCCUCUUUCCGCUCAUCCAUAUCCUCGUGCGCUUCUUUGUGUUCGAGCCAGAGACCCUCCUCUGGUGGAUGACCAAGAGCGGUGUUGCUCCAGCCGACCAUGGCUCCAUCUUUCUCCGCCUUCUCGUCCUCGUCGCCUUCGCUGUUUGCAAUGUCGACAACUUCCACCAGCAGAGAUUCUUCUCCUACCUGGUUACCAACUUCUUGAACGUCUUCUCUCCCACAGACCGACCACCCAACCCGCUUGUUUCCACCCUGCCAUUGCAACUGCAGCGCGAUCUGAUCGUCAUGUUCAGGCGGUCUCAUCCCCCACCCAAUCCGGACUAUUUCUUUGGCAAGCUGAGUCGCCACAUGUGGGCCAUGCGGGAUCCCUGGGUGGUGCUCAGGAGGAGGGGGUCGCGGAUGAUUCCAGAUUACACAUGGAAGGUUAAACAGGCUCGUGUGGGUGUGGAGUUUACAGCGCAGGGUGCAGGUGGCGCUGCUAAUGCGGGGCAGAACAGCUUCCCAGUGUUUUCUCUGCAGAAACUGACAGGUUACCAGGUAUUGGGGCUCCUGGGUGGUGAGAGUGGUGGUGGUGGUGCUGCUGCUGCUGCUGCUGCGGCUGGUGCGACUGGUACUGGUGAUGACGCUAUGGCUGCAGCUGAGUCGGAGGAGGAGCAAGAAACCAGCGGGGUGUCGGAGCAUGGGGAGGAGUGGGAUGGUGAUGGGAAGCGAAAGGCUGGAGAGGAGAAGGAAGCAGGCACGGCUGUGGGUGCUGAGGGUGCGGAGGUGGAUGGUGCGGAGAAGAAGGGCGAAGAAGACGUUAAUAAGAUGAGUGAGGGGGCAAAGGAGGUGGAGCAGGAGCUGAAGAACGCACAGCUGCAGAACGACGAGAGGGAGGAGGUGGAUGGCGUCAAGAUUGCACUCUGGAUCACCCAGCAGCUGCGUACCUGCCUGCAGCAGGCUCGUGAGCGGCUGCAGCAGGACCUGUCGCCCCUCCAGCAGUGCAGCAGGGAGGCGCGGAGAGCGCUGACAACCAUGCUGCAAUCAGUGGGUGCAAUCGAGCGGGCUUUCUACCUCAAGGAAUACGAGGAGCACGCGUGCCCCGUCAAGGUGGAGGCGGACGCAUUUCUGGCGCUGAUUCACGAGGGAGUGAGGCAGUUGAAGCAGCUGCUGCAGCAGGGGGGUGCGGGUUCGGGGAAGGGCCAACAGCAGAGAGGGCAUGGGGGUGUGUGGACUGAGGAGGAAGCUGAGAAGCAUGAGGAGCUACUGGAAGAGGCUCUGGAUGCAGCGGAGUCACUUGAGGCAGCCAUUAGUGUGGUCCACCACUCCCACUCCGGCCAUGCCUCUGCGUCUGUGAAGUGGCUGCACGGCACAGCCAUCGCCCCCCUCUCCGACCUCCUCUCCCAGCACUCCUCACUGGAGCACCCUCUCAAGCAGCUGCUGCACUCCACAGACAAGAAAGGGGAUGCUGCACAGGCAGCGUCCAGUAAGGGUGGGAGUGGAGUGGCUAAGCAAAGGGGCAGGGGCAGUGUGAGUGAGUCUGUUGGAGGGAAAGGGAAGGGGAAGAAGGGAGGGGGGCGUGGUGGAGGGAAAGAUGGUGGGGCGGGUGGUGGGAAAGGAGGGAAGAAACCACAGAGGGGAAGGUCGAAGAGGUAGUAAGGCUUGGAGGUUUGAGCUGGAGUGGGCGGUUUCCAUAACGUACUGAGGGCUGUUUGGUUCCUCUGCAAUCAUGCCAUGCACGUCCUUGUGUAGAUUUUAGGUACCCUAGUAUUGAACCAUUAGAAAAUGCAAGUGGAUUAGGGCACAGGGUUUUACAGGCGGGGGCGUGGUGUCUCCUAAGGGCGUGGGGCAUGGGGUCUCCUAAAUUCAUUCAAGAGCAUCUCGACGAAGUGCGCUAGAAAUCUAGGGCAACCCAGACGAAGUGAUGGAAGCAUGAUUGGGUUGAUAUGCUUUUUCACAUGCCAGCCAUGGGCCCGAAUUGUUGCCACUCCAAUUCAAGCUCACCCGCCCACAUCUCACUCAAGGGUAUUAUCGUA